CAAAUUGACACGCAAGACUGGUUUUUUUUUUCCGUCGGCUUUGCUUGGCAGUCUUUGGGGCCUACCAUUAUUUUUUGCCGUCGUCAUUGGUCGCUCAUUCUUUUCACUCAUGAAGUACACAGCAGCCUUGCUCGCGUUGAUGGUUGCUUUGGCAGCCGCUGAUCGCAGUGGCCAGGCGGCCAAGAAAGUCAGACUGCGUGACCUGACCGCCAUUACUCUCCACGCCAACAAGAAAACAAGUGCCCGACGAAGCAGUCCAAUACCGCAACUGGAAUGUAUUGGCGGUGAUGCUUGUGCUGAUUUCCAGCCGAGAGUCGUACAGUGUUCCAACGCCGGGUUUGAUGGCUACGACGUCCAGUGGUCGUGUACAGCAGAGUUGCCAAGCAAUAUCGAGUUUGGCGACAUUGAAGUUAGCUGUGAAGGAUACGAUUUCCCAGAGGAUCCGUUCAUAUUGGUCAAUUCGUGCGGCCUAGAGUACAGCUUAUAUUACAAAAAUGCUCCAACACCGAAAGUCAGCUACGAUGAUCAAAGAUACUUCCCUACCAGCAAACCAAAGUCUUUGAUGCCUUCAGGAUUUGAUGCUAUUGUGUCCAAGAUCUUCUCAUUGAUCUCAUUAGGCGUGCUCAUAACCGUUGCAUGGAGUAUCUUCCAAACGUGCACAGGACGAAGAGCAAGAGGUGGAAGUGGACCUGGCUCAGGAGGUUCUCCAUGGCCAUGGUUUGGUGGAGACGAUAAUUCUGGUGGUGGUUAUCCGCCAUAUGGUAAACGCGGUAGUCGAUCUUACCAAGCGCCUAUGGGCAUGUCGCCCGGCUUUUUAACUGGUCUGGGAUUGGGAGGCUUAGGCGCUUACAUGAUGAAUAGACCUAGACAGGAACCUACAGCUCACAGGUAAUUAUUGUUUUCUGAAAUGCUGUUUAGUGUAUAAGAUUUUCCAUGUCUGACUUUUCGCAUCCAGACAAGCUUCUCAUUCGUCAUACGCAAGUCCAUCAACAUCAUACAGUCGAACACGUACCUUCGAAGAACCAUCCUCUCCAUCAUCCAGUAUGAGCUCUUCAUCUGGGUUUGGAGGCACUCGUAGG